AACAACCGACUAAAACCGAAGCUUUUCAAAUCCAUCCGUUAAAAACUAAAGUUUUCCCGAUCUAAAUGAACGGCCUCGAUUUCUUCUUCUCCCCUUCGCCAACCGUCGAUGCAUCCACCACCGGAAACAACGGCGAAGAUGAUGAUUGGGGAGAUUUCGUCGACUCUUCCGAUGUAGAUCGAAACGGCGCCGAUCCGUCGUCUCCUAAUCGGAUCGAGUCGGAGAAGAAGAAUCAGGCGCAUUGGGUUACUUCUCGUGGUCCGGUACCACUCUCUGUGUUCGGAGAGGAGGAAGAAGGUGAUGAAUCAGGUGCGCCAGUUCCAUCGUUUGGUUUCUCAUUCGAUUCGUUUUCGAGUAAACAUAAUAAUGGCAAUGGAUCUGUGAACAUAGUUAAGGAUUCGAAUACGGAUCAUAGUGUUGGGAUUAGUGGUUUGAUCGCAAAUUUGUAUAGAGAGAAUGGUCAUAGUGAUUUGGAUUUGCUAGAGAAGAAACCUGGGAAUGAUUCGUAUAGGAGUUCAGGUGGUUUGGAUGUAGAUCUCUCGAAUUCGAAUCGUAAAGUCGAGAACUCAGCUGGUAGCUUGGAGACUAUGAACUGGAAUCCAUUGAAUUUUGGUACAGAGAGGUCUGAAAGGACGAGUAAUGCGGUGAAUUCGAGUGCUGCUGAGGUCACAUUGGAUCAAAAUCAUUCAGAUUUGGAUAAAAAUGAAGAUGAUGUUGAUGGUUGGGAUUUUCAAUCCGCAGACGGAGGCUAUAAGGAUACUAAAGAUUUGAGUUCAGGCGUUUGGAGUUCACCUACAACAAAUGGAACAGGUGCAAGUUUUGAUAUUGGUAAAGUAGAUGCAGUUAAGUCAGUUUCUGAAGGGGUUAAUGGAGUUGAUGACCCAUGGGGAAAUGGCGGAUGGGAGUUUAAGGUUGCUGACGUGGAACAGCCAAAGCACGAUUUAACAAACAAGGAAUCUAACGGCUGGGGGCUCGGAUUUGGUUUUGAACCUGUUUCUAAAAUUGAAACAAGUACCUCUUUUCAAUCAAACGUUGAGAAAGAGCCGCAAAAGACGGAAAAUGGCUCGAUUUCCUUUCCAAAUAAUGGAGAUGAGGAUUUUGGUGGAACUUCUUGGGCUUUUCAGCAGCCAUCAUUGGAAACUGGGAAGGAGAAAGAGGAAAAGGAAGUGCAGAUUAAUAAGCCCAAGGGAGUCUUGCCACUGUCCUUUUUCGAGGAUGAGAAAUUGGAAACCCCUGAUACUUUGGUUCAUCAGGAUAAUUUUGUUUUAUCCAGCGAUUUUUCUGUGAGAGAGAAAAAGGCUCCGAGUCCAACUGUGUCCAUCAGUGACCUAAUAUCAAGUUUAUACAGCCAGGUGGAGGAAAAGAAUGCUGUUAAUCAUUCAGAAAAGUCCGCUAGUGAUUCCAACGUAGUAAAUGGUGAAGAUGAUUCAUGGGAGUUUCAGGUCCCCAAAACGCCCAUAACAGAAGGUGCUGAUGAUUUUGACAGUACUUGGGAGUUUCAAGGCCCUUCACCAGCCAUGGAAAACUCUGAUGUUACAGAAGGUGUCGAUGACGAUGAUUCAUGGGAGUUUCAAGGUCCAGCAGAACCUGUGAAAGAUGCCAUGCCGAGGAUAGGAGAUAAUGGCUCAUGGGAAUAUAAACAUAGUUAUGUAGAAAAUGAAGUUGGGAGUCAAUCCUCUGUUCCAAAUGGUUUUGGAGAAUUGGAUAAAAAAUCAGUAUGUCAGAUAGAUCGUAAAAAUUACCAAGAUCUCUUUUAUAAAUUGAAGAUUGAGCUAUACUACAUUGCUCUGAACCAUCUCGAGAAACUAAAGGAAGCUCGUGACUCGGCUGUUGAUUCUGAUGAAGUCCUUGAAGUUCAAAAACGCGACAGUGAAAUCGAGGAUCUGCAAAACUGGCUGAACAAUGAUGUUUUGAUCAGUGAAGUCAACCGAGAAAGUCUACAACCAAGAUCCUCUGGCAUUUCUGAACUUCUUAAAGCUCUGCAGGAGCCAAAGUUUCAACCACUUGAUUCAGAAGAUCUCCUGACAGAGAGAUUGUUAUCAGCAGAGAGGGACUGGAAAUCAACGAUAGAACUUCUCAAACAUGCCACGCUGACCCUGAAGAUCAUAAACUUGGGUUCACCUGAGCAACAGUCGAAAUACUCUUCAACGUGGUUUCGAAUUGCUUCGACCUGCGCUAGAGAACUGCAUCAUGCUACAUCCAUUUGGAAGCAGGCGAUUAAAAAUGAUGUUCAAGAAGAAAUUCUCUCUAAACCUCAAGGGAAGAGUUAUGCUCUCUCAGUUGGAGAAAUUUACAGAGUAGUGAAAAUCCUGAGAGCCUCAACAAGAUUAUAUAAACCAUGGAUUCUAUUACAUCCCACGUCAUCCAAUGUGUUUGCUGUUCUGGACGAGUGUGUGAAGUUGUGGUUGAGUUCUGGACUAGUAGAGGCUCUGGUAAAUAAGUUCAUCUAUCAAGGACUUGACCAUGAUGAUUCUGCCGGUCAACUUCUAAAAUCAAUUAAGAAUAUAGACGAAGUUGACGCUUUCACGCUUCACACCUCAGCCACAUUACCCACAUGCCACAUCUCUGGCCUAAAUACCGACAUUGUACCAGGAAUCAAGACAGUUGAGUGGAACGGAGAGCAUUACUUGCUACCGUUUGCGAAUGUUUGGGCCAACCUGAUAAGCCGUGAUCCACCGAGCCUUCCUGGCCUCCAUUUUCCUACUGUCUCUUAGAAGAAACCUAUACUACACUCAUGAACUCACGCAACAAGCCAUUCUUACCACAACCAUUUUCAACCGAAAGCUAUAUCCUUCCAUACACCUAUACUUAUUUGUCUAUAAUGUUUGAUUUGUUAUGGGUUGUGUUAUUGUAAUUUAUUUCGAAUGGGUUUGGGUCUCACUAGUUGAGCACAUUCCCAGUUUUUACAGAGGAUAUAUUUUUGUAUCGGAAGAAGCAAUAAGCCAAUAUAAUCAGUUCAUAUAUUUUUACAA